CAAGAUUCAUUGUAAUCACAAUUUAAUGCUUCAUUCCCCUUUUUUUUCCCCCCAUAUCUAAUUGUAUUUAUCCACAAAAUUAAUGGUAAAGAAAUAGAAGUAAACUGAAUAUUAGUAGUAGUAAACUGAAUGCAGCAGGGUGGCGGGACCCAUCCCCCCGCCUUUUGUGGCCAAGUGAAGGAGCCGUCUUCAAGGCCAACUAUAUAUAAAUCAUCCUUUUCCCCAUUCGAUUCGCCACCAAUCAUACUUGAAGAAUCGGAGGGUGGGGGCCACGCCACGUCAGAAUUUUCAAUUUCCCCCUGUGACCGUGAGAGACUCUCACAUACAGAAGCGGACCAAGCGUACGAUAGCCAAUCGGACCGGUAACCACUAAUUCCAUGCGCGGGGUUGCAUAAGAAGGAUAUGGAGAUAACGUACGCCUCUCCCAGCUUACAGAACCUGGUGGCCGCGGCCGCGGAUCCUUCGUCUUCCCCGUCUUCCACUACCAGUUCCAUGUCUUCUCUGUCUCGGAACGUUAAGAUUAUCCCCUUGCAACACCCCACGGCGGCUUCCUCUUCUUCCGCUUCUUCCAAGACGCAGCACGCGGUCAACUCUGCUGUUUCGAAAUGGCGGACCAAGGUGGAGCGAAUGACGUCCUCGGAGUGGAUCGAGACGUUCUUUCCUUGUUACCGAUGGAUACGAACCUAUAAAUGGCGGGAAAACUUUCAAGCCGAUCUCAUGGCUGGUCUCACCGUCGGCAUCAUGCUUGUUCCUCAGUCAAUGUCUUAUGCAAAGCUAGCUGGGCUUCAGCCUAUUUACGGACUUUAUUCUGGCUUUGUGCCUAUUUUUGUCUACGCCAUAUUUGGAUCAUCUCGACAGCUUGCGAUUGGUCCUGUUGCAUUGGUUUCCCUUCUGGUAUCAAAUGUCUUGGGCAACAUAGUUGACUCUUCUGAGGAGUUAUACACAGAGCUAGCGAUACUACUUGCCCUCAUGGUUGGCAUUUUGGAAUGCAUAAUGGGUAUCUUGAGGCUUGGAUGGCUUAUUCGUUUUAUAAGUCACUCUGUGAUUUCUGGUUUUACAACUGCGUCUGCUGUUGUUAUUGGAUUGUCUCAAGCAAAAUAUUUUUUGGGCUACGACAUAGACCGUAGUAGCAAAAUUAUUCCUCUGGUAAAGAGUAUAAUUGCAGGAGCUAAUAAGUUCUCAUGGCCUCCCUUUGUAAUGGGCUCUUUCAUGUUAGCAGUUCUGCUAACCAUGAAGCACUUGGGAAAAAGUGGGAAACGAUUGAGAUUUCUACGAGCUGCUGGUCCCCUUACCGCUGUAGUUCUGGGUACAGUUAUUGUGAAAAUCUAUCACCCACCUUCUAUUUCAUUGGUGGGAGACAUACCUCAAGGUCUGCCAAAGUUCUCCAUCCCCAAGGAGUUCAGCUAUGUGAAAUCUUUAAUUCCAACAGCAAUGCUUAUUACUGGUGUGGCUAUUUUGGAAUCGGUUGGGAUUGCAAAAGCUCUGGCUGCGAAAAAUGGAUAUGAGUUGGAUUCAAACCAAGAGUUAUUUGGACUUGGUGUGGCCAAUAUAGCUGGUUCAUUCUUUUCUAUCUACCCGACAACAGGUUCAUUUUCUAGAUCUGCUGUAAAUCACGAAAGUGGAGCAAAAACUGGCUUAUCUGGCAUAGUCAUGGGAAUUAUAAUGGCUUCUGCUCUUUUAUUCCUGACGCCCCUGUUUGAAUAUAUACCCCAGUGUGCGCUGGCUGCCAUUGUCAUCUCUGCUGUUAUAGGACUGGUGGAUUACGAUGAGGCUAUUUUCUUGUGGCAUGUAGAUAAGAAAGAUUUUCUCUUGUGGUUAAUUACUUGCAUAAGCACCUUGUUCCUUGGCAUUGAGAUUGGUGUCCUUAUUGGUGUUGGUGUUUCAUUGGCUUUUGUCAUUCAUGAAUCAGCAAAUCCCCAUGUUGCUGUCUUGGGUCGUCUCCCUGGAACCACUGUCUACAGAAACAUUGAACAGUAUCCAGAAGCUUAUACAUACAAUGGGAUAGUCAUUGUGCGUAUUGAUGCACCUAUAUAUUUUGCAAACAUAAGUUACAUCAAAGACAGGCUUCGUGAGUAUGAAUUCCAAAGUGAGGGUUCUGCCAGUCGAGGACCUGAAGUUGCUAGAGUUUACUUUGUAAUUAUUGAGUUGGCCCCUGUAACAUAUAUUGAUUCUAGUGCGGUUCAAGCUUUGAAGGACUUGCAUCAAGAGUACAAGUCACGGGGGAUUCAGAUCGCCAUUUCCAAUCCAAACCGGGAUGUUCUACUGACUCUGACAAGGUCUGGGGUGGUUGACCUGAUUGGCAAAGAGUGGUAUUUUGUGAGAGUCCAUGAUGCUGUUCAAGUUUGCCUUCAGCAUGUGCAAAAUUUAAACGAGGUUCCCAAGGUAUCAGAAACCUUACCGCAUGACAGGCAGAGUUUUCUCAAGAGGCUUCUAAAACAUAGAACAGAAGAAUUCGCUAGCACCGACUUAGAGUCCGGCCAUAAACAGAACUCCAAUUACAAAGAUUCAGAUCCUCAACUAGAACCACUUUUAUUCAAAAAGUGAUGAAGAUUACAAACAGUUUUUUUUUUUUUUUUUUUGGGGUUCCUUUUUCCGGGUGGAGAGCAACACACUAAAGAUGCAUUCGUUAUUAUUACCAGUACAUAUUUGUAUCGAUUGAGUUGAUGUAAGUAGAAACUAGAAUGUGGUGUAAUAACAAUACUCACAGUUUAUAUAUCGUUUAUUUUAUUUAAGAACAAAUGUGUAUAUAUAUUGUUCAUUUUUUUAAUGAAAAUGUGUGAAUGGUUCUUACUGGA